AUGUGUUUGAAUCGAUUGGCAACUCGUCGAACUCAAUAUUAUCCACGAGCUGUUCGAGAGUGCAAUAAACUUGGUGGUGAUGUGGUGAAAAUCGAGAACAUUUUCGAGAAUUCGAUACUUUUCGGAUUACUGGGAGAAUAUUUUAACGAAGCUGCCGCAUACAUUGGCGUUGAAAAGUUACCGAACGGAACGUGGGUUUAUUCGGACGGAGCACGGCUCACUUACACAAAUUGGGCUCCAGGGCAACCAACGAGCACGAUCAAUGCGACAAUUUGUGCAAUAAUUGACCCUCAAACGGCUCAAUGGAGAGCAGCUGAAUGCUCAAUUGCGAGACCAUUCUAUUGUCAAAUUGAUGGAAAUCAGGCCGAAUGCGAUCCGGGAUGGGUUUAUUUUGAUAAAACUGACAGCUGUUACUAUUUACAUAAUUUCACUUUACAAGAUGGUUUCCAUUGGCAACUUUAUUCGUGGGACGAUGCAGAAGGGAAUUGCCGUCAAAUGAACAGUCAUCUUAUAUCGAUUCACACAACAGAUGAAGAUGAAUUCGUUUAUGAUCUUGUUCACACAACUUUUCCCGCCGAUCCAAACCCCGAUCCGGCUCCAACCGAUCAAAAUUUUGAAGUAUCCGCCUUCAUCGGCGACAUCAUGAUUUCACUUAUCCGUCCGAUCUUUCUAAUGCAAAUACGAAUUGUGAUUUUUCAAAUGAGCUGGGAUCUUCCAUUUGUAGGGAUUAUGAUAGCUUUAGUGAGUCUUCGUUCAAAUAAACUAUACCAAGGCUUUGAGGGUGGAUAUGGGAUAGCGAUAUUUUUGAGUUAUGGUUGCUUUAUGAAUGGCUCUCUCUACAAGAUUAUCACUCUUUAUUCCCUUCCAUCAUAUGUCGCAUGGUUGCUGAAUGUUUACUUUCUCGGUGGUUAUGGAGCUGUUUUUGUGCUCGGAGCCACUUUUAUGCUUAACAUUUUGCGAACUGGUGGAUUAAGUGAUGAUCGGAAAGUGGUGGGAGAUUUGGUUUUGGGGAAAAAC